AAUUGUUCUGCUGACAUUCCGAUUCAGCAAUCCUCCGUCGCCUAGAAUGGGUGUUCAACCGCCCUUCAUCUACGACAAACCCAGCCAUUACAACUUUGCAAAUCCGACUAGCCGUGCAUUCAAUCCAAAAGCUGCAACUGAAGCAUCAUGGGCUCCAACGACUUCCAGACCAAAGCAAACGGGUCCGUUGAUUGACUUCAACAAGCACCCUGAUACUUAUGUAGUAGUCCCUUAUGGCAACCUCAACGCGAAACCAAUGCAUCCCAACACAGAGCAGAGAGUCACCAGGGCCCGACAGGUUCAGCUCUUCCUGAGAGCAUGCGGCGUGUUAGGUGCUCUUGGGAUACUCUUCUGCGUCAUCGCCAUCAACAAGACUUCCACGACUGUCGGAUGGAUUAUUCGAGCUGCCCCUGCUAUUGCAAUCCUUCACACGAUCUACGGAAUCCACCACCUCUGCCGAGCUGCCACCGGACGAACUCCUACUUCGACCGCCAGCUAUAUGAUAUUCGCGGCUCUCGUUGACACAUCAUUGAUACCUUUCCUCGUCUUCUCUGCGUGGUUGUCUUAUGCAGAUUACACGAACAAUACAUAUGGAUGGAGUACAUUGUUCAAUGAAGACGCAAUAACAUACAAGAUCAUUCAUGCUCUGUUCCUGCUAUCAUGCAGCGAAGGUGGCAUUAUUCUUGUUUCUCUCGUCUUGGACAUCUACUUGGGCAUGAAGUUCAAGCAAAUCGCCAGACUGCCUCCCGACAUGAACCCUCUCGAGCCCAACCUCACGUCAAGACACAAACGAAACAAAUCCGAAGGCAUCACGGAAAAGAACAUGAAAGCUUCAGCAUUGGUGGCUAAGAACGAGUUCCGGGAAUCAGGGUCGAAAAGAAUCCCAUUUAUCCAUACUCGGACCGAUUCGGCUGAUAGCGUCACCCUGUAUGGCAGUGACAGUGCGCGCAAUUCUAGGGUAGAACUACGCAAAGAGAUAAUCGACAAUGAGAAAGACCCGUGGCGAUGGUCAAGGUCUUCCUCACCUGAGAAACCUAAUUCCGUUGUCAACCCAUCUCCGAAUUCGCGUCCAGCUGGUACUGGUCUCGAUGUCCGCCCUGGACGCUCAUUUGGACUUUCAAGACCUUCUUCAUGGCUCUCGUACGUCGACUACGAGGGUGUGCCUGUUGGUCUUAGCGAAGAAGCCGAGGCCGAGCUAGACCACGAAGUCCAACCUAUUUCUCCAGUGUCGACAUUCUCUCCUCCACGAGAUGAGCCACGCCACAAGAUGCAAGAUGAACGAGAGAACUGGUACAAGGGCUCGCCCCCACGCAACAUGCAGCUGCAAGUACCCAACAACAGCAGUCCUAUGUCGAACAAAUCGAGCAGAUCCAGCCUGCACCAAACAAUGCAGAUGCCCCCUCCGCAGCUACCACCCAACAAGAGAAGUCGUGAGCCGCUUAAUAUGAACCCUCCCUCACCUACUCGCGGGCAAUACAAGGCUCAGAGCAUGUACUCCACACCAGCAAUGGCUACUCCAGUCGCCGAAGUACAUGUUGCGAGGGUGGUGUUACAGGAUGCUGAUGGUAACGCUCAAGAUCGACCGAAUAUGGGCCCCAGACCGGCAAGCUUUGUCGGAAGUGGCGGAAAAUCUCGAUUCUAUGGUAGCCUGCGGUCUUCCAUUGGCUCGAUCACUUCGCAGCAGGAUAAGAAAGACGCAAAUGUUUCCGUGCACGAGAUCCGAGAUACCUAUGAGAGGACAAGAACAAUGCAGUCAGAGAGUGACUACAGCAGUGCCAAUUUCGAAGUCUAUGCCUCUGACAGUGAGGAAGACGACAAGGUCCGCGCUCAAGUUGGCCAUGCGCCGCAAGGUCAGCAAGGUCAAUGGAACGGAGCUCGUCAAACUUCCAACACUACUGGCUACAACCUUGAUGGAGGCUAUGCUGGUCUGAGUUCCGAGUUUGGCGCAGGUAUGGGACGGAGACGUGAUGUUAGUGGAAAAAUGGCAGAAGAAGGCCGUGCUUCGCCUCCAAAGAACGGAGCAGCGGGCUGGGAGAGAUUCAAAGGACUAUAGAUUGGGACAACGGAACCAUGGGAAAAAAUGAACAUGAUCUGGGAGUUAUGGUUGGAAUGGAAUGAGGAGUUUUAAUGAGUUGUAGGGACGGAGACUCGGACAGGCAACAAGACCUGAUCAUGACAACAGGAUGGAUGUCUACUAAGCAACGAUUAGACUUGCUACAUAUUAAGAAUGCAAGUGUACUUUGUUGGGAA